UCCAAUCCCCCAACUCCUCCUGUCGCAAAUCCAAAAUCGAAAACCCUAGCCCCCGUCAGUUUCCCUUUUAAUCGCUUCGAUCCCCGUAGAAAAUGGCUGAUUCUCCGCGGAGGAGGCACUCAAGGUCGAGAUCCUCUUCAAUGCCUAGAGCUCGGAGCCAAUCCCACUCAAGGUCUCUGUCUCCUGCCCCCAGGAUGCACCCUCGAGGACAUUCUCAGUCCAGGUCUCCAUCUCCCCACCCCAGGUCUCCAGUUAGGGGCCGGUCCCUUUCGAGGUCUCCAUCUCCUCGCCAAAGGUCACAGCCANGUCGAGGUCUCCCUCUCCCCAGCCGGGGCGAAGAUCAAUGUCGAGGUCACCAUCUCCUCAUCCAAAGACACAAUCUCGUGGCCGGUCCCAAUCUCGAUCUCCUCCCCGCCAUAGGGCGCUUUCAAGGUCUCCCCAUCCUGGGCCCAGAUCCCGAGGACGGUCCCACUCCAGGUCUCCAUCUCCGAGACGUAGAUCCUUUUCAAGGUCAAGGUCACGGUCUCGAAGUCGAAGCAGCAGGGUGGAUCCGACGAAUCCUGGCAAUACCCUUUAUGUUACAGGUCUUUCCUCAAGAGUCACAGAAAGAGCCCUUGAAGAUCACUUUUCUAAAGAGGGAAAGGUCGCUGAGUGCCGUCUGAUUGUGGAACCACGCACUCGCAUCUCCCGAGGUUUUGCAUUUAUAUCUAUGGACACCAUUGAAGAUGCUGAUCGCUGCGUGAAAUAUCUUAAUCACUCGGUUUUGGAGGGUCGGCAUAUAACUGUGGAGAAGUCAAAGAGGCAACGACCGCGCACUCCUACUCCUGGAAACUACCUUGGCCUGAAAAAUACCCGAGAUAGCUAUCGUGGUAGGUAUCGUGGAGGUGGCUAUGGCCGUGAAGAGUAUAGUGGUGGGUACCGUAGGUCACCGAGGCGCUCACCUUACCGAGGUAGUCGCGAUUAUUCUCCUCGGCGAUCACCUUAUGGAGGCAGAUCAAGAAGAGACCGGUCUUACUCUCCAUAUAGGAGUCCAGAAAGAAGCAGCUAUGGCCGUCGGUCCAGUGCUUAUGCUAGGUAAGCUGGCUAUUCUCAGUUGAUCCUCUGAUGGGGAUAUAUUGGGUAGAUGGUGGACCUUAUGAUUUUAUGUGUUUUAGCUUGAUAGUAUUAUGCGACUGAGUAUCAGAAAGGACUAAUUCUCAAAACUGAUGUGAUCCUUUUUACCCUUUCCUUGUUGGGUUAAAGACUGUAUGUUUCGGUGAUGUUUAGAAAAGUGUGUGAACAUCUGGUGAAUGUUGGGCCGUAUGGUUUAAUGCGUUUUAGCUGAUAGUGUCAUGCUACUUAGCAACUGAAUGUGCUAAUUCUCAAGCUGUUGUGUUUUAAGACAGUAUAUGCUUUGGAAAUGCCAAAUCUGUACUGCUUUGGAAA